GUAACGUUGCUUUCUAACGAGCUGUGCCUAUUCAGGAACACCUCAACCUUCAGUUGUCGGUUUACGUCUUUUAUCUCGACCCUCGCGUCGAAACUUGGGCGCGAUGAAUGCAUCUACUUCUGCCUCACAUUUGCAGGCUAUGGAAAACCAACACUCAUCAGAUGACCCAGCCUCGUCCCCACCGCAACCAGACUCCUCAACAGCACACGCAAGCGCUGCCCCUUCAUUAGGUCGUGGAACGUUUUAUCCUCCCGUUCCACCUUCUGCUGAACGUCCAUACACUGUUCAUGGUCCCUCGGGUACGCUCCCACGUGCUGCAUUCGCCACAGGCCCAUAUAACUCCGCGAGUGCUCGCACGUCGUUCACUCAUGUCGAUGUCGACAGCGUUCCGACCGUUGGAGCAUACCCUCCCCUUCCGAAUUCGAAUUUACCCUCAGGACAAGCUGCGCCAGACACUACGGUGAACAAUACUGAAGCACUUGCACCAGCUACCGCAGACGGAACUACUGCAUCAGAGGGUAUUGUACCUCAGACACCUCAAGUGUCCUUGACAUUCCUCCUCGUUUCUGGCCGAAGGCGGACUAUGUCGUUCGACCCUGCAAUAACAAUAGGAAGGGUCAAAGAGCUGGUGUGGAACGCAUGGCCUGCAGAUUGGCAAGACGAAAGUCCACAAGCCCCGUCGCAUUUGCGAAUUCUUUACCUAGGCAAGAUUCUGCAAGACGAGGACACUCUUACUCAUCUUUCAUUUCCAACUUCUCUACCAUCGUCGUCGUCUUCCCUACCCACAAUUGUUCAUCUUUCCAUUCGUCCCUCCAACACAUCAACGGUUGAUGAUACUCUGAAGAAGAGACGCCUUAGCAAUGCAUUUUCCCGCAGGGGAACAUUAGGCACCGACACAGAGAUUGCACGCGAAGGUGCUGAUGAUGCCGUGGGAUCGGGAUGUUGCUGUGGAUGCAUCAUUUGCUAAUGGGGGCAGAGGUACCUGACAAUUUAGAAGAUCCAUCAGUUUGGUCUGGGAGCAGGUUACCAUUUCAGCAUGGGGACAUAUGCACGUGAAAUCUGCUAACGACAUGGAGGGGGACUUUUAUAUGGAGGAGGACUGGCUUUGUUUACGGAUGGUA